AUGAAGGAAUUGAGAUUGAUUGAGGACCAAGGAAAAUUCAUUCUAUCUAUCACACUUAUUACCCGAAACGGUCAAUUCCCUAAUUUUGGCUAUGACGGACACUUCUUUAACCCUAAUCCUGAUUUGUUGCCAGAGGAAUCAACUAUUCACAAAGACCAGGUGAGCGACCUUCCCGCUAUUUUGCAAGCCAUUAAGGAAUAUAUCAGAAAUAAUCCUUCCCGAUUUUAUUUGUCUAAGGAAGUUAAAUUCAAUAAGGAAGCCACACCAGGCAAUACUUUUUCAGGAAUCCGAGAAAUAUGUUUUGGUGGUGAUGGUCAGGGUGCUCCCGCUCUUUUCCCCGGACAUUAUUCCGAAACUGAGUAUGAAGAAUUAAAAAAUCUUUUGCCUGCCGACCGAGCCUGCAAGGUUCCAGG